UUCAUUCACUGCAGUUUUGGGGACUAUGUUUCUGAUCAAGUUGUUGCACCUGUUCGAGAAACAUGUGCUCAAGCAUUAGGUGCUGUGCUUAAGUACAUGCAUCCUAGUUUAGUGUACGAGACACUAAGUAUCUUGCUGCAAAUGCAGCAUAGACCGGAGUGGGAGAUUCGUCAUGGUAGCCUCUUGGGGAUCAAGUAUCUAGUUGCCGUGCGUAAGGAAAUGCUUCAUGAUUUGCUUUGCUAUGUUCUCCCAGCAUGUAAAAGUGGGCUUGAGGAUGCUGACGAUGAUGUUCGAGCAGUGUCUGCAGAUGCUCUAAUACCAACUGCAGCUGAUAUUGUUUCAUUAAAAAGUGAAAUAUUGCAUUCUAUUGUUAUGCUACUGGAUAUUUUACUUGACCUAGAUGAUUUAAGCCCAUCUACUAGCAGUGUAAUGAAUUUAUUGGCGGAAAUUUAUUCUCAAGAGCGGAUGCUUCCAAAUGGCUAUGGGAACCUGCCAUCAUUGGAGAAACAAGAUCUCAAUCUGAAUGAAGUUGUUUAUCAAAAUGACAUUGGAGAAGGGUUAAGCUCUUUAGAGAAUCCCCAUAUGCUGUCAACUCUGGCACCAAGAUUGUGGCCAUUCAUGAGACAUAGUAUCACAUCUGUCCGUUAUGCAGCCAUCCGCACUUUGGAGCGUUUGCUAGAAGCGGGGCGCAAGAGGAGCUUAGGUGAAGCUUCUGGCUCUUUCUGGCCUUCAUUUAUUCUGGGUGAUACCCUCCGGAUUGUUUUUCAGAACUUACUGCUUGAAUCAAAUGAAGAGAUUUUGCAGUGCUCGGGUAGAGUUUGGAGGCUUCUUCUCCAGUGCCCAGUGGAUGACUUGACGGAUGCUGCAAAGGCAUAUUUUUCUUUUUGGAUAGAAUUAGCAACUACUCCUUAUGGCUCACCUCUGGAUACUACAAAAAUGUUUUGGCCAGUGGCUCUUCCUCGUAAAAGUCACUUUAAAGCAGCUGCUAAGAUGAGAGCUGUGAAGCCUGAAAGUGACCCCUACAAAAACAUUAGCUUUGGUUCAGCAGAAGGUACUAGUUUACAGGAAAAUGGGGACACUUCCGCCCACAUUGGAAAGAUAAUUGUUGGUGGUGAUGUGGACAUAUCAGUUACCCAAACACGUGUUGUUACUGCCACGGCAUUGGGUGUUUUGGCUUCUAAGUUGGAUGAUUCUUCUCUUCAGUAUGUUGUUGACCCAUUAUGGAAUGCACUUGCCUCUUUUUCUGGCGUUCAAAGACAGGUAUCUUCAAUGCUGUUAAUUUCAUGGUUCAAAGAGUUGAAAUUCAAGGACAUAUCAAAGUCUGAGGGAGUUAUUACCGUCAUUUCAAGUAAUUUUGGGGAAAGGUUGUUAGAUUUGUUAGCUUGCACAAACCCUGCAUUUCCAUCAAAAGAUUCAGCUCUUCCAUAUGCUGAACUUUCUAGGACAUAUGAGAAAAUGCGCAAUGAGGCUCGUCAGCUGUACCAUGGUACCGAGGCAUCUGGAAUGUUUAAAGAUAUAUUGUCAUCCACUAAUCUUGACCUGGAAAGUUUGAGUGCAGAUGAUGCAGUGAAUUUUGCAUCUAAACUUUCCUUCUUAAAUAAUAUUACCACUGGGAAGAGUCUGCAGGAGGAGUAUUUUGAUGAAUUAGAGUCUCUGAAACAAAGAGUUUUGACAACUGCUGGAUAUUUGAAGUGUGUUCAGAAUAAUUUGCAUGUUACUGUCUCAGCUUUGCUAGCUGCUGCUGUUGUUUGGAUGUCUAACCUUCCGGCUAAACUCAACCCAAUUAUUUUACCGUUAAUGGCAUCUAUCAAAAGAGAACAGGAGGAAAUACUACAAAGUAAGGCAGCUGAAGCUCUGGCAGAGCUAAUCUAUUGUUGUAUGGGCCGUAAACCUGGACCUAAUGAUAAGUUAAUCAAGAACCUUUGUAGUUUGACAUGCAUGGAUCCUUGUGAGACCCCUCAAGCUGGAGUUCUGAAUUCUAUUGAAAAAAUUGAAGAGCAAGGUCUUCUGUCCUUCAGAAGCAGUAAUAACAGGCAGAAAUCAAAAGUUCAUAUGCUUUCCCCUGGUGAUGAUCGAUCAAAGGUUGAGGGCUUCAUUAGCAGACGAGGAGCUGAGCUUGCUUUGAAAUGUUUAUGUGAGAAAUUUGGUGGUUCGUUGUUUGACAAGCUUCCUAAGCUUUGGGAUUGCCUGGUAGAAGUCUUAAAGCCUGGAAAUGUUGAGGGUUUGAACCCAGAAGAUGAGAAACUUAUAUCUGAAGCUAUAGAUUCUGUAACUGAUCCUCAAAUUUUGAUAAAUAAUAUUCAGGUGGUCCGUUCCAUUGCUCCUUUAUUGGAUGAGACAUUGAGAUCGAAACUUCUCACACUCCUUCCAUGUAUCUUUAGAUGUGUUUGCCAUCCUCAUGUGGCUGUGAGAUUAGCCGCGUCUAGAUGUAUCACAACGUUGGCCAAAUCUAUGGCAGUGAAUGUGAUGAGUGCAGUAGUUGAAAAUGUGGUCCCUAUGUUAGGAGAUAUGACCUCUGUUCAUUCUAGACAAGGGGCUGGCAUGCUUGUCAACUUGCUAGUUCAGGGACUUGGUGUGGAGCUGGUUCCUUAUGCUCCUCUUUUAGUAGUUCCUCUUUUGAGAUGCAUGAGUGAUUCUGAUCAUUCUGUGAGACAGAGUGUAACACAUAGUUUUGCCACACUUGUACCUUUGCUUCCAUUAGCACGUGGUGUUGCUCCCCCUGCUGGUCUCAGUGACCGUUUAUCCAGGAAUCAAGAAGAUGUAAAAUUUUUGGAGCAACUGGUUGACAACUCACACAUUGAUGAUUACAAGCUCUCAACCGAACUAAAAGUGACUCUUAGAAGGUAUCAACAGGAAGGUAUUAACUGGUUAGCAUUUUUGAAGAGAUUUAAUCUCCAUGGCAUCUUAUGUGAUGACAUGGGGCUGGGCAAGACCCUUCAGUCAUCAGCCAUUGUGGCAUCUGAUAUUGCAGAGCAUAUUGCUGCAAAUACUGCUGAGAAUCUCCCACCAUCUCUUAUAAUAUGUCCAUCGACUCGUGGUCACUGGGAAUAUGAGAUAGAGAAGUUUAUUGAUGGUUCUUUAGUAACUACCCUCCAAUAUGUUGGUUCUGCUCAAGAGCGCACAUCUCUUCGGUCUCAAUUUAAUAGAUAUAAUGUUAUUGUUACAUCAUAUGAUGUUGUCCGUAAAGAUGUUGACUCUCUUAGACAAGUCUUUUGGAACUAUUGUAUUCUAGAUGAGGGACAUAUCAUAAAGAAUGCAAAGUCAAAAGUCACUCUUGCUGUGAAACAAUUGAAGGCGCAGCACCGUCUCAUAUUGAGUGGUACUCCUAUCCAGAACAAUGUACUGGAUUUGUGGUCUCUUUUUGACUUCCUCAUGCCAGGAUUCCUGGGAACAGAGAGACAAUUCCAUGCUUCCUAUGGAAAACCACUGGUAGCUGCCAGGGAUCCCAAAUGUUCAGCCAAGGAUGCUGAAGCAGGAGCACUUGCAAUGGAAGCAUUGCAUAAGCAGGUGAUGCCUUUCCUUCUUCGCCGAACAAAGGAAGAAGUUUUAUCUGAUUUGCCAGAGAAGAUUAUCCAAGACAGAUUCUGUGACCUGAGUCCUGUUCAGCUAAAACUUUAUGAACAGUUUUCCGGUUCAGAUGUUAAGCAAGAAAUCUCCAGCAUGGUGAAGGUCAAUGAAUCUGAUACUGGACAAGGAAGUGAUGCACCCAAAGCAUCUACUCAUGUUUUCCAGGCACUCCAGUAUUUGUUAAAACUUUGUAGUCAUCCUCUUUUAGUGCUUGGCGAAAAAAUUUCAGAAUCUGUCUCAUCAGUUCUAUCAGCGUUUCUUCCUAAUGGUUCCAAUAUUGUCUCCGAACUCCAUAAACCCCAUCACUCUCCUAAACUGGUUGCCCUCCAGGAGAUUCUUGAAGAGUGUGGAAUUGGGAUUGAUGCUUCAGGUUCAGACAGCCCUGUUAAUGUUGGGCAGCAUAGAGUAUUGAUAUUUGCACAGCAUAAAGCUUUUCUGGAUAUCAUUGAGAAGGAUUUGUUUCAUUCUCAGAUGAAGAAUGUCACAUAUUUGCGGUUGGAUGGAUCGGUUGAACCAGACAAACGCUUUGAAAUUGUGAAAGCCUUUAAUUCUGACCCUACAAUUGAUGUCUUACUCCUUACAACACAUGUUGGUGGGCUUGGUUUGAACCUGACAUCGGCUGAUACUCUUGUAUUUAUGGAGCAUGACUGGAAUCCAAUGCGUGAUCAUCAGGCAAUGGACAGAGCUCACAGGUUGGGCCAGAAAAAAGUCGUCCAUGUCCAUCGACUCAUAAUGCGAGGAACCUUGGAAGAGAAAGUAAUGAGCCUCCAGAGGUUCAAAGUGUCUGUUGCUAAUGCUGUGAUUAAUUCAGAGAAUGCUAGUUUGAAGACCAUGAAUACAGACCAGCUGCUUGAUCUCUUUACACCAGCAGAUGGCAAAAAGGCUCCAAAUGUAUCCCAGAGUAGUGAUGACAAAUUUGAAGGGGAUCCGAAAUUGACACGAGGUGGGAAGGGAUUAAAAGCCAUUCUUGGAGGAUUGGAAGAACUUUGGGAUCAAUCACAGUACAGUGAAGAGUAUAAUCUGAGCCACUUUUUAGCCAAGCUAAAUGGUUGAAUCCGACUAGCCCCGCUCUGCGUUUAUGUUUUUUAUUGGCAGUAUGCGAGAGCCAGCCAACAAGGUACACUACUGUCUUCUGUGGCUAAUUUGGAGAUGAGCACUGUUUUUAUCUUCAUUCAUGCCCCUUGUACAAAGUGUAUAUUCCUCAGAGUCGUGGCCAAAAAUUUUGAAGAUUAGUUCUAGUAGUUUGUUUCUUUAAAUUUUUUUUCCUUCUCGACAUGCAAUCAAUCAGUCAAUCAAAUUUUGAGGCUGCUAACGUAGAAAUGUCCAUGAUUUGGAGAGAGCACAUUGUGGUUUAGUUGGAGCAGGCAGACACAUAGGGGAGGGAAUUUUGUAAAUUUUUUGAAUUCUAUCUUGUAUAUACAUUGAGGAGUUUAAUUUUAUCUUUUUUAAAAAAGGGAAAAAAAAAAAAAAAGCAAAAUUGUCUUGAUAUGAAGCUUGCUGAAA